AUCGCUGAACGUCUGUUCUCGCGCAUGCGCCUUACAGUCAUCACAGUAUGAAGAGUGCAGAGCAGAAGAACCCUCAGAGAUGAAGACUCCUCCGGAUAGGUCUGGAAUCACCUUUGAGGUCGGAGCUCAGCUAGAAGCCCGAGACCGCCAGAAGAACUGGUACGCAGCCACUAUUGAGAGGAUCGACUACGACAAAGAGCAGGUCCUGAUCCACUACCGUCAGUGGAGCCGAAGACACGAUGAAUGGUUUCACUGGAGCUCGCCGUACCUGCGGCCGUUGGAGCGAGUCAGCCUGAGGAGGCAGGGCCGAACUCCCUCCCAAUCUGAACCCAUGUUUGUUUCAGGUUCGAAAGUUCUGGCCUGUUGGACAGACUGUCGUUUCUAUCCAGCCAAAAUCCUUAGAGUCAACAAAGACGACUCCUAUACAGUCCGUUUCUAUGAUGGUGUGGUUCGGACAGUGAAGCCAACAAAGGUCAAACCUUUCCAGGAAAAAUCCAGAUCUGAGAAGAGUGCUGUGGGAAGUGAGGGGUGGGAGGAAGGGGAGAGUGAAGAGGAGGAGGAAGGCGGAGAAAGAGAGGAGGAGGAGGAGGAAAGAAAAGGGGAAGAAGAGGUGGGGGAGAAGGUGACAUCAGAGGAGAUGGAAAGAGGUGAGGAGAGAGAAGUAGAGGAAGAUGAGGAGGAGAAGAGGAAGGCAGAACCUUCAUCGUCCCAUUCACCAGCGAAAAAGAAAACAGAUGAGAGCAAAAGCAGUGAAGCUCAGAAUCCACCUGAAUCCACUCUGCCAAUUUCCCCUAUUGCUGGCCACAUCGAUAGAGAUGUCCUGUUGGAGCGUCAGGCCCACCUGCCCACCACACACAAGUUCAGUAGAGAACCAUUGUAUAGAGUGAUAAAGAACCAGCCUCCUCCUAUUCUCUCCAUUGAGUUGGACCACAACCCCUUCAAAUGUCCAGCUCCUGACUGCACCAAGUCGUUCAGGAAGGCGAGUCUGCUGCACUACCACAUCAAGUACUACCACACUGAGCAGCAGCUGGACGAGCGCGGUGCUGAGCAGCAGGCAGCGAGGAGGAAGCGGUCUUCUUCUGAGGGAGCCGACUUCAUGUCAGACAGGAAGAGUGACAGCCAGAACAGCAUCUGUCACCGUGACGACCGAGAGCACAGCAUCAUGGGAACAGAAGUGAAGAAGGAUGGAGGGAAGGAGAAAACUGGAGGACACGACAGGAAAGAGAGGAAGAACUUCCUGAGAGUGAAACUAAAGAAAAAGAAAAAGAAGAAGAAGAAGAAGAAAAGUCUGCCAGAAAAUUUCCCCCCCUGGUCAGGACUUGGCAGCAGCGACGAUGAGAACUCAGACAGACCUCCGAUCACUCUGAAACUUUUGAAUGAACACCACGACCCACACACACAAGUUGACGAUGGCAGCGAUUGGUCAACACUAACAGCAGAGAGUGGAGAGGACACUUCCUCUUGGCCUGUUGCUAUGGAGACAGACGACUGUGAAGUGGUGAGGUGUGUGUGUGAGGUGGACGAGGAAAACGACUUCAUGAUCCAGUGCGAGUCGUGUAUGUGUUGGCAACAUGGUACCUGUAUGGGUUUAUAUGAAGACAACGUUCCACACAACUACAUCUGCUACUACUGCAGACAGACUGCAGGUUGGAGGCGGGCCCAGCGCUUCAUGUCUGAACCUGAUUUGCUGAUAUCUGGUCACAUGUUUGGCCUGUCCUGCGUGAAAGAGAACUACUCUGAGAUAAACGCCUCCAAGAUUUCACACACCGGCCACCUGCUGGCACAUACACACGGCCUCCAUCAGGUCCUCAGUGGGCUGCAGCUCAAGAUCAGUUUAUUACACUCUCCAUCCGACCCCGACCUGCAGCUGUGGAGAUUUCCGUGGAGACAGGAAGAGGGGUCGAGACUGACAUCCAGCCUGAGUGGAGAGCCUCCCAUCUGUUACGUCAGCAGUGAGCACUGCUACCCAAAGCCUGGAGCAUUAUGGGAAAAGUCUGGGGAAAAGGAUGAGGAAAGGCCGACAGCUUCAGUGAAGCAGGAAUACGACACUGAGGAGAAGGAAAUUAAGUCUGAGGAUGUCUACAUGAAUCCAGCUGAUGCCGCUGUUGACGCACACCUCAUGACCCACACACACAGUGACACCAGCAUAAAACAAGAGAACCACACACAGACUCUCACACCGGAGCCCCGUGCAGCGUCCAUGGUCGAGUGUCAGCUGAACCUGCUGGAGCAUGUCGAGUCUCUCCACCACCAGAUCAGUGCAAGGAUGGAACUGAUCGAGCGAGAGCUGGACGUGUUGGAGUCCUGGAUGGACCACUCAGGCGAGCUCGAGCCUCCCGACCCUUUGUCCCGCCUCCCACAACUCAAACAGCGAAUCAGACGGCUGCUGUGUGACCUGUGCAUCGUAAGACGACUGUCGGUCUGUCACUGACUCUCGACCUCUGACCUCUGACCUGUAGGUGUGACAGGUUGGCUCAGUGACAGAGAGCGAGUCAGAGAACGGGACACUCGAGUGUGGAGCAUAAACUGUGUAUUCACAGGGUCACUCUGGUGGAAAGUAGCAAGACAAAGAGACAGUUUUUAUAAAAUAACUGCAAUUGUCACAUUCUACAGAGGAACCACGAUGUCAUCCACCCUCCUUCCUCAGAACUCCUAACCUGACAACAGGUUUGAUUAUUGAUUUUGAGUGAUCAGCCGCCGCCAUCCAUCCAGAUGGACAGAACAAUUUUUGUCUGUUUGGAGGCUUGUUAGCACUGAAUGCCAUUGAUCGUUUUCUUGCAGCCAAAAUGUGACAACUCACAAACACACAGGAAGGAUUUGGAUGCCUGAACAUGUAUGAACAUUUGCAGAGUGGUUCUCUUAAAAGCUGAAUAUUUCUCAAGGCAGCGAUUUUGUAAUUGUACUAAUGUUAGUACUAACUGUAACUUCUCAGAGGGUUUUUAGGUCAAGUCAGACCAGAAAGUAUUUCUAAAGGUUUGGUGACCACUAACUGCCAGCCGGGCUGUGCAUGUCAGUCACAACAGCUCUGUUUUCUCUGCUGUUUUCGUCACGCCGAUGUUUUGUUUUUAGGAUUGUAAAUCAUUUCAGUAGCUCUCCUAGCUCUCUGGCUUACAAAUAGCUUGUGACCAUAAGCUUGUGCAGUUUAUUUGAUCUGUUCACUUUAAUGUCCUGCCACUGCGAUUUGAACAAAUUUUAAGUCAAAUUUAACCACAAUAUACAUCAUUAGAAAGAACAAAAAUGUAAGAUUAAAACUGAUACCGACAUGAGAGAAGCAGCACUUCCUUACUUUAUGAUAAGAGUCCAGCAAAGCAGUGUGUGUAGGUUUAUACUUGUUGAACCACUGUUCAGCAAACUGCUUAGUAUCACGAAAAAAUUUGCUUCCAAGCUUUGGGGCAUUUUUAAUAAAAAAGGUGGGACAUUAAGGGGUUAAAAGACACAUUUGUACCAUUUGUUUCCUCACUAAAGUUAGAUUCAUGCUUCUGUGAAAGCAUUGUUGGAUACACCGCUAAAACUAGUUUACAACGAGUCAGCUUUGUUGAGUUUGUCUGUGAAAUUUAAACAAUGGCGACUACAACUAAGCACUUCAUGCUGGGGUUGGAGCUAAUAAGUGUUAAGCAACUUUUACUAAAAUCCUGGAUGAGCAGAAAAGAGAAGACAUCAGAGUAGACUGUGUUUAGCAGACAGAAGGAGGAGAAAGUCCUGAAAUGGAUUCAGACCAGUCACAGCUACAGUGUGGAUUGGACACAAAAGCAUAAAUCUAUCUUGAAAUUGCAACAGAGAAGGAUGACAACCGUUUUCUACUUUUUGCUCUCCAGCUCUCGAGGACAGAUUUCUGAACAACAACAAAAUUUUGUCCAUCUUUGUUCACCACACCUUAUUGCAGAUCCCCUUCUUGAGAGAAUUAGUUAUUUGUGAAAAGUGAAUGAUGGACACAGCCACAUUUGAUUGGCUUUAGUUUGUGAAUGUUACUGUCCUCUUGAAGGGUGAGACUUUGUCCAAAUUAAGUUGUGGUGAAAGGUUCAAGUAAAAUUUGUUGUGUUGACAGAGUCUCCACCUGAUCAGCAGACAGACAUGCUGAUGUUUCAUUAAAGACAUUAUGAGUUUCAGCUUCAUUUCCUCAGAGUUGCUUUGAGAUCCUUCUGUCUCUGCUGCAAGGUUAACAAGAUGAAUUCAGUACUGUCACUCUUCUCUUUUUUACAUUUAUAUAUCCGGUAUAGUUUUUCACUUUACUAGGUUUAUAUCACUGCUUUAGGUUUUUCUCUUACAAAUAUUUUAAGAUUAUCCGCUUUGGGAACAGAUGAAAAUGAUCUACGGUCACAGAGGUGGUUUAUAAAAAGUGGUCAUACGUGUACAUAUUGUCAUUAUUUCAGAUAGAGAGGACUGCUGGUACUUAUUAGCAUUGUUAUCCUCACCGUUUGAUUUCAUAAUAAACAGUUGCAUUAACAAA